UAGUCCUUCAAGCCAGCUUAGUCCGCUUUCCGUCCCGGCCUUCCCUCGGCACUAGGGGGUUCAUCUAGAAGCCCGCGGGAGAAAGGCUGCGGUAGGGGUCGCCUUGGCUGUGCAGCAUGUUGGGAGUCGUGGUCCCCUCGUGCAACAUUUGGGAGGCCAAACUUGCCCUGAGUGGUUGGACCACAUCACGUGAUGCGCACAGGGCGACCACAGGGGAGCAAUCUGCGGUGCUUUGUGAGGUCAUCACGGCGCGACGACAAGAUGCAGUUGUGGAUACCCUGGAUGCGGGCCCUGAGCGCUGCAGCGUGUGCUUUCUGUAGAGUUCUGGGUUCAGCUGGUCUGAACCCCCACCGCCUGCAGACUGCCCCAGCGCCCACCCGUGAGGACCGGGCCGAGCUUCACUCGCCAGAUUUUCUAUUUUGUACAUACAUUAUUUUGUAUAUACUGUAUAUGAUGACUUCAGUGAGCAGUGACCAUUGUCGAGGUGCUCGGGAAAAACCACAGAUUUCAGCAGCACAAUCAACGCAACCACAGAAACAAGUGGUACAGGCAACAGCUGAACAGAUGCGUCUUGCUCAAGUGAUCUUUGAUAAGAAUGAUUCAGAUUUUGAAGCUAAAGUUAAGCAGCUUAUGGAAGUGACAGGGAAAAAUCAGGAUGAAUGCAUAGUGGCCCUACAUGAUUGUAACGGAGAUGUGAACAAAGCUAUCAAUAUAUUGCUGGAAGGGAAUUCAGACACAACUUCAUGGGAGACUGUAGGGGGGAAGAAAAAGAAUUUUGCAAAAGAAAAUUCAGAAAACAAAGAGAAUAGAGAGAAGAAAAGCGAGAAAGAAUCGAGUCAUGGACGUGGAAACAACAACCGGAAAGGAAGAGGCGGCAGUCGUGGCAGAGAAUUUAGAGGUGAAGAAAAUGGAAUUGAUUGCAAUCAAGUGGACAAAUCUUCAGAUCGUGGCAAGCGAGCCCGAGGUAGAGAACUGGCAUCAAAUACUCACAACAUAGCUCAGGAUCUGUCAAACAAAAGUUCUUAUGGACUCAAAGGGGCUUGGAAGAAUUCUGUGGAAGAGUGGACAACAGAAGACUGGACUGAAGAUCUUUCUGAAACAAAGGUCUUCACUGCCUCAUCUGCUCCAGCGGAGAAUCACAUCUCACCUGGGCAAAGCAUUGAUCUGGUAGCCUUGCUCCAGAAGCCUGUUCCUCACAGUCAAGCCUCAGAAGCCAACUCCUUUGAAACUUCCCAACAGCAGGGCUUUGGCCAAGCCCUUGUCUUCACAAAUUCGCAACACAACAAUCAGAUGGCACCAGGGACUGGCAGCUCCAGUGCUGUCAACUCCUAUUCUCCUCAGAGCCUGUCAUCCGUCCUUGGCUCAGGAUUUGGAGAGCUUGCACCACCAAAAAUGGCAAACAUCCCCAGCUCCCAGAUUUUGGACCAGUUGAAAGCUCCGAGUUUGGGCCAGUUUACCACCACCCCAAGUAUACAGCAGAAUAGUACAAGUCACCCUACAACUACUACUUCUUGGGACCUCAAGCCGCCAACAUCCCAGUCCUCAGUCCUCAGUCAUUUUGACUUCAAAUCUCAACCUGAGCCAUCCCCAGUUCUUAGCCAGUUGAGCCAGCGACAGCAGCACCAGAGCCAGGCAGUCACUGUUCCUCCUCCUGGUUUGGAGUCCUUUCCUUCCCAGGCAAAACUUCGAGAAUCAGCGCCUGGAGACAGUCCCUCUGCUAUGAACAAGCUUUUGCAGCUUCCCAGCAUGACCACUGAAAAUAUCUCUGUGUCUGCCCACCAGCCACAGCCCAAACACAUCAAACUUGCUAAGCGGCGGAUACCCCCAGCUUCUAAGAUCCCAGCUUCUGCAGUGGAAAUGCCUGGUUCAGCAGAUGUCACAGGAUUAAAUGUGCAGUUUGGGGCUCUGGAAUUUGGGUCAGAACCUUCUCUCUCUGAAUUUGGAUCAGCUCCAAGCAGUGAAAAUAGUAAUCAGAUUCCCAUCAGCUUGUAUUCGAAGUCUUUAAGUGAGCCUUUGAAUACAUCUUUACCAAUGACCAGUGCAGUACAGAACUCCACAUACACAACUUCCGUCAUUACCUCCUGCAGUCUGACAAGCUCAUCACUGAGUUCUGCUAGUCCAGUAGCAAUGUCUUCCUCUUACGACCAGAGUUCUGUGCAUAACAGGAUCCCAUACCAAAGCCCUGUGAGUUCAUCAGAGUCAGCUCCAGGAACCAUCAUGAAUGGACAUGGUGGUGGUCGAAGUCAGCAGACACUAGACACUCCAAAGACAACAGGCCCUCCCUCUGCCCUCCCGUCUGUGAGCUCCCUGCCCAGCACCACCUCCUGCACUGCACUUUUGCCGUCCACAUCCCAGCACACAGGCGACCUGACCAGCAGCCCUCUCUCUCAGCUUAGCAGUUCGCUCUCCAGCCACCAGAGCAGCCUCUCCUCUGCACAUGCAGCCCUCUCCUCGAGCACGUCACACACACAUGCCAGUGUGGAGAGCGCCUCUUCCCACCAGUCCUCAGCCACCUUCUCCACGGCAGCGACCUCCGUCUCAAGUUCCGCAUCCUCAGGCGUCAGCCUGUCCAGUAGCAUGAACACCGCGAACAGCCUCUGUCUGGGUGGGACCCCCGCGAGUGCAUCCAGCAGCAGUAGCAGGGCUGCGCCCUUGGUGACCUCAGGCAAAGCACCCCCAAACUUGCCUCAGGGGGUGCCUCCCCUGCUGCACAACCAGUACCUCGUAGGUCCCGGAGGACUGCUUCCUGCCUACCCGAUCUAUGGCUAUGACGAGCUCCAGAUGCUGCAGUCACGGCUGCCAGUGGACUACUAUGGAAUUCCUUUUGCUGCACCCACAGCGCUUGCCAGCCGAGAUGGGAGCCUGGCUAAUAAUCCAUAUCCAGGUGAUGUCACAAAGUUUGGCCGUGGGGACUCUGCAUCCCCUGCACCCCCUACCACACCAGCUCAGCCACAGCAGAGCCAAUCACAGACCCACCACACAGCCCAGCAGCCCUUCCUGAACCCUGCACUGCCACCUGGCUAUAGCUACACUGGUCUUCCCUACUACACAGGCGUGCCCAGUGCCUUCCAGUAUGGCCCCACCAUGUUUGUCCCUCCAGCCUCAGCCAAGCAACACGGGGUGAACCUCAGCACUCCCACACCUCCCUUCCAGCAGGCCAGUGGUUAUGGCCAGCAUGGCUACAGUACAGGUUAUGACGACCUGACCCAGGGGACAGCAGCAGGAGACUACUCCAAAGGUGGCUAUGCUGGGUCAUCGCAGGCACCAAACAAGUCUGCAGGUUCUGGGCCUGGCAAAGGAGUAUCAGUGUCUUCAAGCACCACCGGUCUACCUGAUAUGACUGGUUCUGUCUACAGUAAGACACAGACUUUUGACAAGCAGGGAUUUCAUGCAGGGACCCCUCCACCUUUCAGCCUGCCCUCGGCCUUGGGCUCCACUGGGCCCCUGGCCCCGGGAGCGGCCCCUGGCUAUGCGCCCCCACCAUUCCUGCACAUCUUGCCAGCCCACCAGCAGCCCCACUCACAGCUGCUGCACCACCACCUUCCGCAGGAUGCCCAGAGUGGCUCGGGUCAGCGCAGCCAGCCCAGCUCCCUGCAGCCCAAGUCUCAAGCCUCCAAACCUGCCUACGGCAACUCUCCAUACUGGACAAACUAAACCCGGAAGAGAGGGGUGGGCUGGGGCAAGGCUUAUCCUGGGCAGGAGAGAACACACGAGCACAUAUUUGGGAGGCCAGUGCCCUUUCCUAGAAUUCCCGAGACAUGUGUCAGCCAUGCCUCUGUGGGGAGUCUGCCUCCCAGACUGGCUAUUGUAUGUAAUGUAUUUAUGUAUGUAUUUGUAAAUGUGAUAGAAGUUGGGGGGGAGUUGGGGGACAGCGGCAGAUGUUAGCCAGGUCUGCUCUCCCCAUUCAAGCCCCUUCUCCACUGUAGCAAAAUAAGCACCCCCACCCCAUCUGCCUUCAGGUCUUCACAGCCUGCACUGCCCAGUGGGCCACUAGGGGAAGUCUCUGGAAGGGCUGGUUCAAGGCUGUUCGGGUAUAGGGGUCAGGUACCAAUGAAGAAUCACGACUUGUCUCACUCCUUUAGAAAUUGUUUUCUUUCCUGUGUAAUUACUUUAUACCUCUGUUUUUGAGAAACUGUUCCUUUUGUCAUCUGUCAUGGUCUCCUUCCACCAAAUCUUGAUCUGGGAAUAGCAGCAAUAUCCCUCCACUUAACACAAAUACGGGCACCUGUUUGUCUUCAUAUAGAACAGGGGCUUCUGGUCUGGUCAUGUCCCUAGAGACUUACUAGAGACUGGCUGACCAUGAAAAAAAAAAUAAUAAUCUGAGUUGUUCAGCCAGUCAGCUCCCCUUUAAAAAUCAAAGGUAUCUCCAAGCAACACAUUUCCAUUCUAGUUGUCUUGAACCAGGUGGGCAACUGUUUCAGGGGUUUUCUCUUGCCCAAUCCCCACCUAAUAAAGUUCUGAGAGCAUG